CAUUUUUCAUGCAACAAUCACUCCUAUUAGCCCAUUAUAUUCCAAGAGUUUCACUUUAUGCUGAAAUAUAUAAUUAAGAAGGUUAAAAAUCUAUCUAUUUUCGGCUCAUUGAUGAGUUCACUCUUGCUUCAAGUUGAUAUCAUUGUCUCCUGAUCUGGACUCAACUGUUUUGUUGUGCUAUCUGAGAAGAAAGCUAAGAGUGCUAUGAAUCCUCAAGCACACAUACAAAUAUAGUCAUGUAAGUUACCUUAGCCAGCUUAAGGAGAAACACAUAAAAAUUUCAAAAUCUCAAUAGUUUUUCUGCCUUGAAGUCUUCUUCACUAUCAUUGAGGAUAGAGUUUGGCAUCAAUCAUCAUCAUAUUUUCAACAAAAGAAGGAAGAAUGGGAGAUCAGCAAAAGCUCAGUGCUUUCCUCUUUCACGUAAGUAUUGUUUUUGUCAUGUUUCUCCUAGUUAGCGCCUCUCAAGAACACAAGAAAGCUAAAGGCGGACAUUCAAGCAAAAAAGACCAUAACAUGAAGAUGAGUUCUAGACUUCAGUUCGAAAUCACAUUACAUGGGUUUCUCUUGUGGGCUUCAAUGGCGUUCUUGAUGCCUGUUGGUAUACUAGUCAUUAGACUGUCCAACAGAGAUGAGAAUCGAAGAAGACUUAGAAUUAUAUUCUAUGUUCAUGCAGUUUUGCAGAAGCUUGCCGUACUUCUUGCCACUGCAGGAGCAAUCAUGUCCAUAAAAAAUUUCAACAACUCCUUCAACAAUAAUCAUCAAAGAUUAGGGGUAGCAUUAUAUGGUAUUAUCUGGCUGCAAGUUCUAGUUGGUAUUUUUCGACCACAAAGGGGAUCCAAAAGAAGAAGUCUGUGGUUCUUUGCACACUGGAUAAUGGGAACUGCAGUGUCAUUACUGGGUGUGCUGAAUGUAUUUAUUGGCUUACAAGCCUACCAAGAAAAAACAUCCAAAAGCAUAACAACUUGGAAUAUACUUUUCACUGUUCAGAUAUCUUUGAUUGUGAUCUUCUACCUUCUUCAAGAAAAAUGGGUCUACAUAAAAAACCAAGGAGUGAUUUGGGACAACUAACUACUGAUUCCUACUUAUCAAGAAAAAAGCUAGUUCAGAGGACAAGAAUACAGGCACGAAGGCCGAGUCUUGCUGAGAAAGAUUAACCAAUGCAAUGCCUUGCCAUGGAUGCAAGUAUUUGAAACA